AUGUCCUACCAGAAUCAGCAGCAAUGCAAACAGCCUUGCCAGCUACCUCCCAACUGGUGCCCUGAACCAUGUCCUCCUAGGUGCCCAGAGCCAUGUCCUCCUAGGUGCCCAGAGCCAUGUCCUCCUAGGUGCCCUGAACCAUGCCCACCACAGCAGUGCCAGCAGAAAUGUCCCCCAUGCCCUCCACCUUGCCAGAAGUAG